AUGUCCCAGGCUCCUGCAAUAAUAUGGACACACAUCCGAAGUCGGUAUGGUCAGCUACUGGAGGUAGAACACCUGAGCGUAAUGCAAGAGUCUCAUGGGAAUGGACGGCUUGUCAAGAAGCGACUCAAAAACGUCCGGCGGGCAAUUCCAUUCUUCUGGAAGGCCACGUGCCAAGAUGUCGAGAAUGACUUUCACCAGCCCUAG